CGUGAACUGACAAUAGCAAAGGACUACUUUGAAAUUCUAGCCUGAAGAUAUUUGGCAAUCAAUGUAAUGAUUAAACUGAUAAACAGUUUUAGCAUAGUGUUUAACGUUUCAUACAAAUGAUGGAAUCAAGAUGCGUUGUUACUUUGCUCAUUCUCCUGACUGGACACUUCGUCAUGAUAAGUGCUCAAGGGACUAGGCAACUUUCCACGGCGCUCGUGUCUCCAACCGUGAAAUCUGCAAUUGGUAAAGGCAGAGUGGUCAAUGAGUCAAUGCCUCAACGACCAAGAGUUUUGCCGCCUAUGUGCACAGGUUCCACAGAAAUAAAAGAUACUUUCAAGUAUAUUAACACCGUGGUUUCGUGCAUUGUGUUUGUAGUUGGGAUAAUCGGAAACUCUACGCUGCUCAGAAUCAUUUAUAAAAAUAAAUGCAUGCGAAACGGUCCUAAUAUCCUCAUUGCAAGCCUGGCGCUUGGGGACCUUUUGCAUAUUGUCAUAGACAUUCCCAUUAACGUCUAUAAGCUUCUGGCUGAAGAUUGGCCAUUUGGUGUUGGACUUUGCAAAAUGGUUCCCUUUAUACAAAAGACAUCAGUUGGCAUUACAGUGCUAAGUUUGUGUGCACUGAGCAUAGACAGGUUUCGAGCAGUGGCAUCGUGGAACCGCAUUAAAGGCAUUGGCGUCCCUAAAUGGACAGCUAUUGAAAUCAUUAUGAUAUGGGUGCUGUCCAUUAUACUUGCAGUGCCAGAGGCCAUUGCCUUUGACAUGAUCACAAUGGACUACAAAGGAGAGCAGCUUAGGAUUUGCUUGCUUCACCCUAUGCAGAAAAACAAGUUCAUGCAGUUUUAUAAGUUAGCCAAAGAUAGGUGGCUUUUCAGUUUCUACUUCUGCAUGCCGCUGAUGUGUACUGCUAUCUUCUACACUCUCAUGACCUGUGAAAUGCUUCGAAAGAAGAAUGGGGUCCAAAUUGUUCUUAGUGAUCACCUAAAACAGAGACGUGAGGUGGCUAAAACCGUGUUCUGUCUGGUGCUAGUCUUUGCACUGUGCUGGCUUCCUCUGCACCUCAGUCGUAUUCUUAAGCUUACAAUUUAUGAUGAAAGGGACCCCAACCGCUGCGAGCUUCUGAGUUUCUUCCUGGUUCUUGAUUAUAUCGGGAUCAACAUGGCAUCAGUGAACUCAUGCAUAAACCCAAUCGCUUUGUAUAUGGUUAGCAAGCGCUUCAAGAGCUGCUUCAGAUCAUGUCUGUGUUGCUGGUGUCUUCCUCCUGAAAUGUUAGCCAUGGAUGACAAACAGUCCUGCAUGAAGCUGAAGGUGACAGAGCGAGGAUCUGAACAAAGCAAUAGCCGUGCCUCCAACAAAUACACUUCAACUUAGACACUGAUCUGCAUACAGGAUUCCUCCUCCAGCAGUCACUGUGAAAUCUACAACAACAGCACCUCUGAAUCAUCACAUGAGAGAUUCAAAUCUCAUCUUCACAAUAAAUCUAUUUCCAUUUCUUAUUGGAUUAGGUUGUCUCUUGACUUCAACGGUCAAAAAGGUCAAUUCCUGAAGCAUUUCAGCUUUGGAUGAGAUUAAUGCUGCAGCAAAACUGAUGGUUUAUUUAAAGUUUACUUAAAGUUUAAUGCUACUUUAAAAAAAAGACAUUUAUAUAUGUACAGUUGUUUACAAAAGUGUAUAUACUGCUGCAAAAUGUUAUUUUACCAAAAUAAGAGGGAUUUUAUUUAGUACAGUCCUGAAUAAGAUAUUCAAAAAUUUGCAUACGCUUGAUUCUUAAUACUUUGUAUUGUUAUCUAUCCACAGCUGUUGUUCAUGAGUUCCUUGUUUGUCCUGAACAGUUCAAAUGCCCACUGUUCUUCAGAAAAUCCUCCAGGUCCCACAAAUUAUUUGGUUUUCCAUUAUCUUUCACAUAUUUUAACCCUUUCCAGCAGUCACUGUAUGGUUUUGAGAUCAAAACAUACAGAAACUUGAUGGGGUUGGGGGGAUUUUUGAAACUUUUCAACAUAUUAUUUAAACAUGUUUUUUUUUUUCUUUUUUUAGUACUGCCCUUCAGAUGCUUUGGAAGAUACUUACAUUUCCCAGAAAUAAAAAUAAGUGCAGUUUACCUUGAUCUUAAAGUCAAGUUUUCACCCCUGGCU